CCCCAGCCCCACCGCCGCCCCCACCCGCGACCCCUCGCCAGGACCCGGUGCGCUCCGGCUCCUGCUUCUCUUGCUGCUCCCGCGGCGGCUGCCUCCGUAGAAGAAACCUUGAUGGAUUCCACCACGGCGACGGCUGAGCUCGGCUGGACGGUGCACCCGAUUUCAGGGUGGGAGGAAGUGAGCGGCUACGACGAAAACAUGAACACCAUCCGGACGUACCAAGUUUGCAAUGUCUUUGAAUCCAGCCAGAACAACUGGCUACGGACCAAAUACAUCCGAAGACGGGGCGCCCAUCGGAUUCACGUGGAGAUGAAGUUCUCCGUCCGCGAUUGUAGCAGCAUUCCCAACGUGCCGGGAUCUUGCAAGGAGACCUUCAACCUUUACUAUUACGAAUCGGAAUUCGACGCCGCCACAAAGAGCUUCCCCAGCUGGAUGGAGAAUCCUUGGGCCAAGGUAGACACCAUUGCGGCCGACGAGAGUUUCUCCCAAGUCGACCUGGGCGGACGGGUGAUGAAGAUCAACACCGAAGUCCGGAGUUUCGGGCCCGUCUCCAAAAACGGAUUUUAUUUGGCCUUCCAAGAUUACGGGGGUUGCAUGUCUUUGAUUGCCGUCCGGGUCUUUUACCGCAAGUGCCUACGCGUUAUCCAGAAUGGCGCCAUCUUCCAAGAGACGCUGUCCGGUGCGGAGAGUACCUCUUUGGUGGCGGCCAGAGGCACGUGCAUCCCCAACGCCGAGGAGGUGGAUGUGCCGAUCAAAUUGUACUGCAACGGGGACGGCGAGUGGCUGGUGCCCAUCGGACGCUGUAUGUGCAAAUCCGGUUACGAAUCGGUGGAGAACGGCACCGUCUGCAGGGGCUGCCCGUCUGGGACGUUCAAAGCCAACCAGGGGGAUGAGAGCUGCAUCCACUGUCCGAUCAACAGCCGGACGACGUCCGAAGGAGCCACCAACUGCGUCUGCCGGAACAGCUAUUACCGCGCCGACUCGGACCCGCUGGAAAUGCCGUGCACCACCAUUCCUUCAGCCCCCCAGGCCGUCAUUUCCAGCGUGAAUGAGACCUCCCUGAUGCUGGAAUGGACCCCUCCUCGGGAUUCGGGGGGCCGCGAGGACCUGGUUUACAACAUCAUCUGCAAGAGCUGCGGCUCGGGGCGGAGAGCCUGCACCCGCUGCGGGGACAACGUCCAAUUCACGCCGCGCCAGCUGGGCCUGACCGAGCCGCGGGUUUACAUCAACGACCUCUUAGCGCACACGCAGUACACCUUCGAGAUCCAGGCGGUGAACGGCGUCACGGAUCAGAGCCCGUUCUCGCCUCAGUUUGCCUCCGUCAACAUCACCACCAACCAAGCGGCUCCUUCGGCGAUCUCCAUUAUGCAUCAGGUCAGCCGGAUGGUGGACAGCAUCACCCUCUCGUGGUCUCAACCGGACCAACCCAACGGGGUCAUCUUGGAUUAUGAGCUCCAGUACUAUGAGAAGGAUCUGAGCGAGUUCAACGCCACGGCGGUCAAGAGCUUCACCAAUACAGUGACCGUCCCCAACCUCAAAGCCGGAACCAUUUACGUCUUUCAGGUGCGAGCUCGCACAGUGGCCGGCUACGGACGCUACAGCGGGAAAAUGUACUUCCAGACGAUGACGGAAGCCGAGUAUCAAACCAGCAUUCAGGAGAAGCUCCCUUUGAUUAUCGGUUCCUCGGCGGCCGGUCUUGUCUUCCUCAUCGCUUUGGUGGUUAUCAUCCUGGUUUGCAACAGUCCGUCUGCCUACCGUUCAGCACGCUGCUCUCCUUCCAGACGGCAUGGCUUCGAGCGCAACGACUCGGAAUACACCGACAAGCUCCAGCAUUACACCAGCGGCCACAUAGUUACUCCGGGGAUGAAAAUCUACAUUGAUCCCUUCACCUACGAGGAUCCCAACGAAGCCGUCCGAGAAUUUGCGAAGGAGAUUGACAUCUCGUGCGUGAAAAUCGAACAGGUGAUCGGGGCAGGAGAAUUUGGUGAGGUCUGCAGCGGCCACCUGAAGUUGCCGGGGAAAAGGGAGAGUUUCGUAGCCAUCAAGACCUUGAAAUCGGGGUACACCGAGAAACAGCGGAGGGACUUCCUGAGCGAAGCCAGCAUCAUGGGUCAGUUUGACCACCCCAAUGUCAUCCACCUGGAGGGGGUGGUGACGAAGAGCCCCCCCGUUAUGAUAGUCACCGAAUUCAUGGAGAACGGCUCGUUGGAUUCCUUCCUUCGGCAAAAUGACGGGCAGUUUACCGUCAUCCAGCUGGUGGGCAUGCUCAGGGGCAUCGCGGCUGGCAUGAAGUACCUGGCGGAUAUGAACUACGUCCACCGCGACUUGGCAGCACGCAACAUUUUGGUGAACAGCAACCUGGUCUGCAAAGUUUCGGACUUCGGCCUCUCCCGCUUCUUGGAGGAUGACACCUCGGACCCCACCUACACCAGCGCUCUGGGUGGAAAGAUCCCGAUCCGUUGGACGGCGCCUGAGGCCAUCCAGUAUCGAAAGUUCACUUCUGCUAGUGAUGUGUGGAGCUAUGGAAUCGUCAUGUGGGAAGUAACGUCCUACGGGGAGAGGCCUUAUUGGGAUAUGACCAAUCAGGACGUAAUCAAUGCGAUUGAGCAAGACUACCGAUUACCACCGCCCAUGGAUUGUCCGAGCGCUCUCCAUCAGCUCAUGCUGGACUGCUGGCAGAAGGACCGCAACCACCGGCCGAAAUUCGGACAGAUUGUCAACACCCUAGACAAGAUGAUCCGAAACCCCAACAGCCUGAAAGCCAUGGCACCCCUUUCCUCAGGGAUUAAUCUUCCUUUGCUGGACCGGACGAUUCCAGAUUAUUCCAGUUUCAAUACGGUUGACGAAUGGCUGGAAGCCAUCAAGAUGGGCCAGUACAAAGAGAAUUUUGCCAGCAACGGGUUCUCCAGUUUCGACUUAGUUUCCCAGAUGACGAUGGAAGACAUCUUGCGAGUCGGAGUAACGCUGGCCGGACACCAGAAGAAGAUCCUGAACAGUGUCCAGGUGAUGCGGACGCAGAUGAGCCAGAUCCAGUCCGUGGAAGUUUGAGACGUGCUUCUCGCACACAUGGCCAUGGGUUCAGAAGUCCCGCUCCCUUGUCCUGGAGCACGUCCAGGUUUCCCACGGGACUCGGGGCUGCCCAAACCAAGACAGUCAUGGAGGGCCGAGCGGCCGCGGACUCUGAGCAAACCAGAGCCAUCCUGGAUUUCUGUUUUUGGAGGACACGUCCAAACCCCGCGUCGGUGGCGUGGACCUUCUCCUCAAAGGGCUAAAGUUGGGGUAGGGACGGCAAGCAGCCUUUCUUGCCCCCCCCCUCAACCCUGUCCAUCCUUCGAAUGAGCCGUUCCAGCGUCGCCAUCUACACAGGAGGUCCCUGAACAUCUGAAACGGAGCUGUGGAGGAUUCAUCUCCAGGGUUCGGUGGAUGUGAUCUUUGGGGCCAGAGACAGGAGGUUUUACCGACGGACGGGUCUUUUGUAACCCUCUUUCCUUCGAAGGACAGAAGCAUUUUUUAAAAACACAUUUUGAUGUCCUCUUCCACCUUCUUCCCCCGUGGUCUAAAGGAGCUUCCUAUAUGGUUCAGAUCGGUCCUUGAUCGAGUUGGGAUUGGGUUUGAAUCUUGGCACUUCCCGGAACCCGUUCCUCUUUUGCACCCCUGAAUGGCAGCUAUGACACACUUGCGAUGUUCACCAGGCCUUCCUCCCUUGUAGCGUGUUGUAGACUUUGUUGUGCUUUUCUGUUGUGGUUGUCCAUGACUUCUCCUUCAUUUGCAAUGGGGGUCCCCAGGGGGGUUGGGGGGGCUGCAUUGUUUUUGCCCUCCUCCGAAUGCAAAAAAAAUAAUAAUUGUGUUUCUCCUCCCAAGGAGCCAGGCAUCGACACCAAGUUGCUCCUAAGUGUGUGUGUGUUUUUGUGUGCGCGUGUAUUGAGAGAGACGUCCUUUUUUUUUUUCAUUUGCAUUUGUGCUGAUUGAGCCUGCCAGAUACAGGUACUCCUCGACUUAAACCGUUUGCUUAGUGACCACUCAAACUUGCAAAAAAGUGUCUUAGGAACUAUUGUUCACACAACCGACACAGCCUCCCCGCGAUCACAGGAGCAAAAUUCAGACACUUGACAACCAACUCGUAUUUAUGAUGUCUGCAGUGUCCAUUUUAUGAUCUUUUACGACCUUCUGCCAAGCUGAGGGGGAAGCCCACUUCGAUUAACAGAAGUGUGACUAAUUUAACCACGGCAGCGAUCUCCUUAACAAUGGUGUCAAAAAAUGUCGUCAAACGGGGGCAAAACUCACUUCACAACCGUCUGGCUUAGCGACCGAAGGUUUGACCUCGAUUGCGGUUGUAAGCCGAGGAUUACCUGCCGAAGCAUGUCGAAUCUGCAAAGCAAUUAUAAGCAAGCAAGCGUGUUAUGCAAAACGAGCUGCUGUUAGGAAAGUGGGUUAGCCUCCAUGUCUUUGCAAACUGGGGAUAUUGUUCCCCCAGGGCAGGAAAAAAAAAAAUAAGGGGGGGGGAGAGGAUUUUCCUUGCAGCUUUUCCACAAAGGCACAAGGAAAUUAACUUUGUUUUGCAUCAGAAGGUCUCCCUUUAGAAAACAACACAUGCACACACACACACAGAGACACAAAGCGUUUGACAUAUGCCUGCAAAAAGAAAGCAUCUCCAAUCAGAAUUUGCUUUUGCACGAGAAGGCUGCUCCAAGCCUGCGUCGUCCCCCUCACAUCCUUUUAAGAGGAGGGGGCUUGGCUUGCCAUGCCAAAUUAUUCCCAGCGGGUUUGCUCAAAUUGUGGUUAUCCUGUCCUUCCACCCACUCGCCUUUUCAUUCUAAUUAAGAUGUGUGGUUUUUUUCCAUCUUAUAAAGAGCUUUUCCCAGUGUCUUUUAUCCAUAGUAGACUUUGGCGAUUUGGACUUCAAUUCCCAGAAUUCCCUAGCCAGCGUGGAGAAUUCUGGGAGUUGAAGUGCACACCCUGCUGCAUGGGGAAUUCUGGGCAUUGAAGUCCACUUCCGUUCUCGAUUCCGCAGCCGGCGUCCAUGGACUACAGCUCCCAGAAUUCUCCACGCUCGCUGGGGAAUUCUGGGCAUCGUAGUUCACACCACACUGUUGGUUUUCACAGCUUGGCUCUGUUCUGUGUGUGCAAAAUCUCAUUUUUGCUCCCCCUCUUUAUCUGCUUUACCGAGCUCACGUCCACCUGCACCGAGGCUGCCCCGUUCCACCGGACCAAGCAAUAAAAUGGCUGUCUUAUGGGUACGGUGAUCCUCCUGAGAGGAGGAGGGCUUCGGUGCGAGAAAGGAGGCAAUUUAAGGAUGAAGGUUCCAGAGUUGGAAGAAACAUCAUCAAGAGCCUUUCAUCUGGAAAGGUGACAUAAAUACAUCACCAUCUUCAAACCAGUUUUUUGGUUGUCGGGAUGUGAAUCUGGCAUAAAACGGUGGAAUACGGAGGAGAGACAGCUGCAAAUGGGAGCGGGUAUUUAUUUCAAACAGAGAAAAUGUUAAGAUUUUUCUUCUCUUGUCUGUAAUUUCCUUUAAAGGGGGGCAUGUGUGGAAUUGGAGGGUCUUGAACUUUGGGCAUUCGCCGGACCGUCCAGCUCAGAAGGACUUGAAGCUUCGUGAAGAUGCGUCUCAACUCAUCGCUAGGUCACCAUUUUAAGGAGCCUCCCCCCUUCGUCUCUGGAGGGGCCACCCAUGCAACCUUUGUUCUUUUACCCCUGACAGUAUUUGUAUUUUUUACAAAAGAAUGACAGCAAUGACCACAACAAAAAUGUGAAUAACAGGUGGUUUCCCAACCCUUGUCCCCCCCCUCAUCUCCCCCCUAAGGAUGCGUCUUCCAUUCCAACCAGGCCUUUCUCUGUACUCUGUCGGACAUCUUUGGGAUGUCCGCGGGAAAGGGGAGAAGGAAAACUCGAUGUAUUUAUAAAGAAAACGCAGAACCCGUUACUCCGCGAUCUUUGUAGGAGUAUUUUUAAGAAGACUUUCUUUUCCAAAAUAAAUGUGAAGUGUGAACA